AUGAGCAGGGCUACCCAAGGGCAAAAGCAUUUCCGUGUGAAACAUGAAGAAUCGCCGUCAGAUUUCACCCCUCUGACAAACACCCUCAUUGUUGGAACUCCACGACCAGCAGAGAAGGAUGACUACGACUUUGUAAAGAUUCGUAAAUCGAUGGAGCUGCCGAUUUAUGAGCUGAGGCAGAUCGAUGAGAUGAAGCCCGAGAACAUAACGGCUGCUCACAAGAUUAGGCAACAGGAGCUUAGGUUAAUGGUGAUCAGGGCGCUUUUGACCUGGAUACCGACGAUUCACAGUAUCGCGCUCCAGGCGGAUGAGAAUGAGAUGGCCGAAAGUCCCUUGGACGCGCAUAAGUGUCUUCUUUUCGCUGUAAACACAAUGCACAUGGUCGAGAGUCUGGGAGAAUGCUACGAUGUCGAAGACCUCGAGUACAAUAGACAAGUCCGGCUGAUUUCUGACAAGAACACGGUCAUUCAUACAUGGAAAAAUGUAACCGGCUAUGAUCCCUUCCGGACCAUCUUAUGGAUAUGGCGGGACAUUUGCUUGUCAAUUCUGUCGAAGGAAGACAACAACACCAACGUCAGCAUCGCCGAAGAAAAGGCAGGAGUGGUUAUUGCACGAAUGCUCAAUGAUAUCCGGCUCUGUAUUCCACUCGAUGCCUACGACUUCCGCGAGAAGAGGGCCAAGCGCAGUCUGUGGGACCUGUUCCUCAAUGGUGGUUUUGAAUCAACUAAACACCCGACAUACUGGUCUCUGGACUUUGUGUACUCCAUGCAUCGGCUUGAGCAGCUCUAUGUCUCCUGCCGCCUCAACGAGCUCCAGGACCAUCCAUCCUACGAUCUUUACACCUCGAUCAAAAACAUUCUUCCAGAAAAAUACAAAGACCAAGCUCUCACCGCCGUGCAGAACAUCAGCCAUACCCCGCCCACGCUGAAUGGCCAGAUUGAUAUCUUCACCUACGAGCGCUGCACCAAGGAGCUCCAGAAGCUGAUCGAUAAGGGCUUGCUGAAAAGAGAUAGCGUGCGGUUCCGGAACAUAAUUCUCCCAUACAGCCACGACAGGAGUCCCGCUGUGGAGAAGUGGGCCUUUGACCAGGUCGUGAAGGGCUUCCAGGAGGCUGUCAAUAAUUUCUACGACGAGACCGUGGAGAUGUUCCCGGAGCUGACUAGAGCGGUGUCGCUGGAAAAGGACAAGCAGAUGCAUAGCCUGGAGGAAUUUUUGGCUAGCGCGAGAGGAGAGAAAGAUGUGGAGGUGGAGGAGACUGGCAGUGAUCCUGCUCGAGGUGAACCUGUGGAGUGGAUAUACACAUUCCGGGGAUACCGCGAUAUCAUCCGUGAUUGGUUCUGGGGGAGGCCAACAAGUCGAGGCCUGAAAUUGAAAAAGCAGUUGAAAGACAUUUUUGUCGCCAAGCUGGGUUUCCUGCUCAUGUACGACAAGUUCAUCGGGAAGGCGCUGCAAAGAGGAUGCGUGCGAUACAACGAACAGAAUCUCAGCAGGGGUCUUGAAUACUUGGUUGGCGACUUGGGCUUUGAAUUGAUUUUGGAGGAGCCGGAGGCACCGGAUGAAAUUGCACCUGUGCCAAAGAAGGCUGCACCACAGCCGAGAGAGGCACGCAGAGGAAUGGCUGUGGCAAAAGCUAAACGCAAGAAGAGUACCAACUAA